AGGUUUUUCUUGAAGUUCUUUCUGAAAUGUAACCAGAAUUGUCUGAAGACAGCAGGAAACCCAAGGGAUAUGAGGAGAUUUCAGGUGGUCCUGUCCAGCACAGUGAGCGUAGAUGGACACGUCUUAGCUGUGUCCGACAACAUGUUUGUCCACAACAACUCGAAACAUGGCCGGCGAGCUCGCAGGCUGGAGCCAGGCGAGUCUGUGGAGAAUAGCAUGGAAUACGCGACCCCAUGCAUCAAAGCCAUCAGUCCCAGUGAAGGCUGGACCACCGGCGGGGCCAUGGUCAUAGUCAUCGGGGAGAACUUCUUUGACGGGCUGCAGGUGGUGUUUGGAAGCAUGUUAGUCUGGAGUGAGUUGAUCACUCCUCACGCUAUCCGUGUGCAAACGCCCCCUCGACACAUCCCCGGGGUCGUGGAGGUCACACUGUCUUACAAAUCGAAACAGUUCUGCAAGGGAGCGCCCGGACGCUUCAUCUACACAGCACUUAAUGAGCCAACUAUAGACUACGGUUUUCAGCGUCUUCAGAAGGUAAUUCCCCGACACCCUGGUGACCCAGAGAAACUAGCCAAGGAGAUCCUCUUAAAAAGAGCAGCAGAUCUUGUGGAGGCCCUGUAUGGAAAUCCACACAGUAAUCAGGACAUGCUGCUAAAGCGUGCAGCUGACAUUGCUGAGGCUCUCUACAGUGUCCCCCGCCCUCACAGUCAGCUGCAGGCCCUGCCUAGCUCACCAGCACAUGGCAGCGUCAUGGGUUUAGGCUCCUACCCCUCACAGUUAGGCGUUAGCAUUGGAGAGCCGGGACAGAGCAGCCAAGGUUAUAUCCGUAACUCCAGCAGUUUGUCUCCAAGAGGCUACUCAUCUGCUUCCACCCCCCAGCAGUCAAGUUAUGGUGGCACUGGGGGAAUGACCGGAGGCUAUGGGACAGUUCCCAUGGCUAGUCUUGGGGUUCCUGGAUCUCCAGGUUUCAGCAGUGCUUCCCCCACGAGCUCACCCUACAUAAUGCCCUCCAGCCCCACCAUACCAGGAAGCUCCAGCUCUUCAUCGUCUCUUUUACCUUUCUCCUCUUUCCCUUCUGCUGCUAAACAGAAGAGUGCUUUUGCUCCCGUCCUCAGGCCCCAAGGCUCCCCUUCCCCAGCUUGUCCCGCCUCAGGGGGGAGCAGCUUCAGAGCGAUGACGAGCCUGGUUGUUCCCCCGAUGUAGAAAAGCACCCGCCCC